AUGAUUUUACUGAAAGUAAAAUUUAAGCCAAAUAAUUUUAGUUGUGAUAGCUAUUAUAAAUAUUAGCUCUAUUUAAAUAAUUUUUAUCAUUCUCGUUGGGUUAAUUAAUUUCGAAAAAGACAAAUCAAAGCUAAUAGCAAAUCUGAUAAAAAAAACAUUUUUAAAUAUAAAAUACCCUAAUUUUUUGAGAUUAUUCAGAAUAAUAUAAGUUAAAUUUUGCGCUUUACCUUUAUUUAAAGCAAAUGGAUGAAUCAUAUAAAUUCAAAGUUAUAAACAAGUGCCUUAAAUCAAAAGAUUUAUCUUCUUUCAAAAGAAAUUCAGAUGAUAAACAAGUGGCUAAAAAAGGAUGAAUAUAUAAUAAAUAUUUGA